AAAAUGUAUAGUCGUAAAGUUAAUGACCCCAUUUCUCCUCAUUCAGAACGUUUAGUUUCUUAUAUGAAUACACAUCCUGCUACUAUUCUAGGAUACGCAAAGUAUUAUGGAGAAACUAGAAGUGCAGUUAGUGCUCGUAUGGUAGAUAUAGAUUCCAAUGGUUUUGUAGUAGAAGUAGAAGAGGAGAAUGGAUCAAAAUCAGAAGUUCAUAUUAAAUUUAAAAUUCGAUUGAGAUCGUAUGAAGAAGUUAGACCUACAUUGACUCGGAUGGCACAAGAGGCUGAGGACGCUUUGGGCUUGGUAAAAUAUAUUUGCAUUAUUUUUAUCAAUUGUUAUUUGUAUUAAUUAAUUCCAUCCAUUUCAUCUACUUUAGCCAAGUACAAGACCACCUCCAAUGUUUUCCGGUUCAUCCUCACAAAAUUUAAUUUCUCAUACUCCUUUUAUUAUACCUGGAAUAGCAGAUUUAUUAAUAACCACAUUUUCUAUCGUAUUUCUAUUAACAAUUGCUUUCUACCCUUAUUCAUCGCCAGCAAUUAUUGAAGAACUAAGAGAAUUCUUUGGGCAAACUCUAAUUAAUUUAAUCUUAGUUAUCCUGAUUAGUCUGCAUACUAUUGAAGCAGUGACAGCCUAUAUUGUGUUGAUAAUGAGAGGUGAAGAGGACACUAUGACAUUGGUGAAAUGGGUUGUUGCUAAUCUGAUUUAUGGUCAUAUUUGGCUGCUAUGGAAAG